GGUUAGUGAGCCGGAUCUUGCCUGAAGCCGGUAUCGUUGGGGGAGCGGGAGAGUGCGCGCGACGGAGGAGAAGCGCGAGCGAGAGAGUCCGUUAGGGGUUGCCAUGAUGCCUGCUGCAAUAAAAAAACUCGAGAGCACACCAAUGUAUGAUCCUCACCUUCUUAAAGAACUUGAUUGGACCCAAAAUACUGUGAAAUUUUCUCCUGAUAUUUCUCCUGAGGAUCCAGGAGAGGGUUUAGUUCUAAGACCUCUUUGCAGUGCUGACAUCAACAGAGGCUUUUUAAAAGUUCUAGGUCAACUGACUGAAACUGGAAUUGUUAACCCCCAGCAAUUCCUUGAAAAUUUCGAACAUAUGCGGAGUUCUGGGGACUACUAUGUUACAGUUGUGGAAGAUACUAAUCUAGGAGCGAUUGUAGCUACUGCAACCUUAGUCAUAGAACAUAAGUUCACUCACUCAUGCGCAAAGAGGGGCAGAAUAGAAGAUGUUGUUGUAAGUGGAGAUUGCAGAGGAAAACAGCUUGGGAAACUAUUGAUGUCAACUCUUACAUUGCUAAGCAAGAGACUAAAUUGCUACAAAAUUACUCUUGAGUGUCUGCCGAAAAAUGUAGCUUUUUAUACAAAGUUUGGAUACUCCGUAUCUGAAGAAAACUAUAUGUACCAAAGGUUCUUCAAUUAAAGAAUUUCCUGCUAUCAUCUCUUUUAAUCAACUAUUGGUGGAGGAGCUUGUACUACUGACGUCUCUUUUCGGAAAGCAAAUUCCCUGCAAAUAAAUAAUGACUAGAUAUGACACUACUAUGCUGCAGACUUUGAUUUUAGGUUUCCUUGUUACCAAGGUAACCUAUUAAAAGAAGUUUCCUAUUCAGCCUGUACAUUGUUUUUGAUAGCUAAGACAUGAGCCAUCUUUGCAAGGUAAGGAUGGUUUGUAGCCCAAAGUAAAUUUUAAUUUGAUGGGUUUUGGUUCUUACCUUGCAUUUUUCUGUAAUGUGCUGCUUUUUGUUGGCAGCUAAACAGUAACUAGUAUGCUGGAAAUGUUUUUGUAAUUUUUUGUCCCAAGGAAAAACUUGCAAGUUUUAUCUUUUAUGUUGACCUUUAAUGCACUUCAAAAUGGAUAAUCCCUAGUAUAGAUGUGUAGCUUGGUUUUAUUGGUUCUAUUGCACUCACAAUGGAGAGAAGUUAUUACAAGUGGCAUUCUAUACUUGGGCUGAUACAUUGAAAUACCUCAUCUUUGCCUUUUCCAACUUGGUGCCCUUUAGAUAUGUUCAACCAAAGGUUUUACCAUCCCCAGUCAGUACUGUUUCCCAAAACAUUGGCUGUUUUGAACCAUUUCACAAAUUGAAGCAAAACUUGGAUAUGCAACAUUUAUCAAUUUUUAAAUAUAUACUUUCUGUAAAAUAUAUAGUUUCACAGCUAUUUUGUGCUUAAAAUCUUAUUUGCAUUAAGUAUAAUUACUGUCUGUUAAUGUACUCAGUAGAUCCUACAAAAACUUUUCAUUAUGCUUUCAUUUUCAUUUUAGAAGAAAUUUAGCACUUUGUUUCAUUAUACACAUACCAUGUUGGCUCACCCACCCUCUAAAAGUAAUCAGAGCUAUGUCUAAAGUGGGCUUUGUUUCUGCAGAAGAGUUUUAAAAGACAGUUUCUGAAAUACAAGGUAUCCAUAUGCCCCUAAAACUCUUCUAAAAUGCAAAAUUUUAGCUGAACAAUGAGCACUUCUAAAGGAAUGUAGGUAGGCCAGAAAAGUAAUACUUUUAGCACCCCUGCAUAUUAUUGGAUGGUAAGAAGAACAUCUUCCCAUUUCCCUGUAAUUUUGAAGGAAAUAACUAUAAUGGGCAUUAUAAAUGAGGUUAUGUGGUCUCAUGAUUAGUUUCAAAAAUUGAAUCACAGAUAGCUACAGAAAAUAGGGAUAGUUAGUCCAUUUCAUACUUUAAGGUACUCUUAAUUCUAAAGGUAUUUGAGUAUUUAUUUAUUCAAUAUUUUACAAACAAAUAUUGCAAAACUUAAAUAAAUGGGGUUUGUGAUUA